CACUUGUCGGCCAAGUGUGGACAGGAAAUGGUUUAAACUGUUUGCGUGGUGUCUGUCUAUUGGGUGUGUUAGGUUAAGCUGGGAAGAAGACUUAGAAAACUGUAACAGAACAAGCCAAACCGAUAUUUACUGAGUAUUUGACAUAUUUGUUUUAACAGCGUAGACAUUCUCCAGUUCAAACGCAAGAAUGUCGGCGGUCCAGAGGAUGAAAGUUGCUAAUGAAAAGCAUAGCAAGGCCAUCUCACAGCGAGGAAACAUCCAGAAAUCAUCGCGUGUGGACCAAGAGGACAAGUCUCCUGUGGGACCCUGGCUAUUGGCACUGUUUGUAUUUGUAGUAUGUGGAUCAGCUAUCUUCCAGAUCAUUCAGAGCAUCCGUCAGGGAAUGUGAUCAGCUUUCAAAAUGAGCCCAAUCCACUCCGUAAUGUGCCAAAUGGAAUCCGAGAAGGAAACAAUCUGCGUUAUGCACUACAUCUUUACGUUUCUUGCUGUUUGUGCUCUUCUGUGAAACAGAAUUAAGAAUAAAACAUAUUUGUUAAGCUAGUUAUAGCAACUUCACUUGAGACUGUGACUUAGAAUUUUGAAGGUUUUUUGGAGUUUUAAUGUGCCUGUAAUUCUGAGCUCAUUUUGCAUAGCAUUCUAGUGUGUCUUAGUUUUAUGGUUCUUUACUCAGGUACUGAAGAGAGGCAGAAGGUAUAGAUGGAUUUCUUUGUGUUUUUUCCUGUUUGCUUUAGGUUAUUACAAUGUUGACAGCAGUCUUAAGCAAAGUUUGCUUUUUACUCCUAUUUAGGUAUGCAUGAUUUUCCCAUUCCUUUCUAGUCUUCCAAAGUGUGUUGUGUGUUGCUUCCAGAUUAACACUGGAGUUUAAUUUUUAAGAAGUUUAACUGCGUGGAGUUGAAUUUAUAGAUAAUUAGGCUUUAUAAAAUACUUGUCGGGAGAGUAUCCUAAAUUUAUGACAUGUAUAAAUCUGUGAUGCAGAAGAACAUCUGGGUAUCCUUAUCUGACUAAACAGAGUAUAUAUGGGAAGUAAAUCUCCAGGUUCAUUAGAUACUACUACCAACUGGCGACUUUGCUGUUUCCUCAGAAACAACAUGCCUAGUCUAAAAUGGCUUCUCAGAUUCUCACUAAAGUUAUUAAAACUUAACUUUUUUCUAACCACGGGAUAUUUCUGCACACCAGGUGAGUUAGUAAAAUGAGAAUCCCAAUAUGAAGUCUAGUACUUUUCAUAAAAAGGAAGCCUUUGGUGCUGCAAAUUUUAAAAGUUAAAGGUUCAUAUCUGUGUUUUUUUGCUGUGGAAAGGGCUUCAAAUAUUGUCAUGAGUGUGAGACGACCUGGCUGUAUUCAAAGAAACACUGCCUUUUAGCAAUAAAUCUCAUCAGGUGCAGGCAGUCAUUUCUGAUGCAUAGUAUUUUGUUAAAUAUUCAGUUUUGGAGUACACUGCACUCUCAGUAAAAUUUCUGUGAAUUUUUGAAAAGAUCAGACAAUUCAUUGAUUCUUUCUGCGACCUGGAUAAACUAUGUUCUUCCACACUCCUUAUUAGUAUAUCUAGAGUACACAGAUGAAACAAAUGUUGAUUUUUCUUUUUGCAAUCAUAAGAAGAAUAACAUUUCCAUGGCCAAAAUAAUAAAAGGACAUCUGGUAAUGUUUGGUGUACAUUUCUUCACUGUGGUAAAGUUUUAGUAUACAGAUCAAUUCUGCUGUAUUUAAAGAGUGAGUUUAGAUUUUAUUAUAAGGGUACAAGGAGGGCCACAUAUCCAGGCUCACAUGAACACCAGCUUAAAUGAAAUGUACCUUUGUUGAGAUGCAAGCUGUUCAUAAUUCCAACUGUUUACUUUUCAUGUUGAUUUCUGUCUAAGUAGUUUAAGCCAUUCUCAUGCUUUUACCUACUGCAAACAAAAAUCUGAAAGACUAUGGUACAUGGAACCUUUGUUGGCAUUUUUUUUUAAAUGACAGUCCUAUUUGAAAAGUCCAACUGCUGCAAAAAGAGAAAGCCACAAACGUUAAGUUUAAGAACAGUUAUUUUCAUACUAUAUAACCAUGCAGGUAAGCAAAAAAAACCCAAAAUGUGAGCAAAAAAUAUAAUCUGACAAAAUUUUGCUGAUAAUCAUUUUAGUCAGAAAUUCCUUGGUGGAUAGAAGGAAUAUUCGGUGAAAGGGUUCAGUUAGAUUUGUUGUGUCAGUUACUUAAUGCAGUGGUUCUCAAUGUGUAGUCCACAAACGGUAUUUAAUCAUAUUUGACCAAAAUGAUGUUUCAUUUGCACAAAUGUUAGUCUCUUACUUACUUUCAUGAUUGUAAAAUCUAAACAUGUCUGUUAUCAUAUCAAACUACAGCUUGUCAAUUUAUGCUAUAGCAUGAGCAUAAUAUUGUCAACCCACUUUAGUAGUUAGUCUUAAACAUUGCAAUUUUCUCAUGUUGUUUUCAUGUGUUUUGUGUUUAUAACAUAAUUCUGCUUAUGUUGCUGAAUAUUUUACUUUUACAUUCUUAAAUUGUUGAGUAAACCAUUAUUUUGCAUGAAUUAACUGAUUUUGUAUUUGCAGAAAAUGUUAAUUUGUUGUGCCUUAACUACAUUAACUCGGAUGCAUCCCAUUUAUACAUUCAUCUCCAUUUUUGACGUAUUACCUGUUGACAGUUCUAUCUUGCUUCAAAGCAUUUUGGACUUGGUGAUACCACUUUUAAAGUGUUUACUUCCAUUCCCAACCACUUACAUUUGUUAAGGCUGGGUUUUCUAUACUACUAAAAAUAACUUAGAGGAGCCAGUAAAACAUGGAGGCUACACUGAAGCUGUCCAGAUUUGGUCCUUUGACCAUUAGAAGCAAUUAUUAAUUAGUGGAAGGAUUUUUGAAGUAGGCAUUUUUAAGUGAAAUUAUUAAUGUAUGGUGCAUACAUAUAUUUAAUUGACAAAUGUGUUAAUUUAAUGUGGAAUUUAUGCUAAUGAGAGUGAACCAUCAGGUGGUCCACGGUAUAUUUAACAUUGGCAAAGUCCUCAGUCCUAAACACUUAUAAAAACAGACUUGAUGACUGACAGAAGAGAAGCUUGUCUGUCUUAUUUCUUAUGUUUUAUGAUACUAGAAAAAGUAAAAUAGGGCUGAGAUUGUGGGUGAACUCACCAGACCUGUUAACCUUUGUACUGCUGUAGCUCCACCAAGCAGCAUGCUAUUGGCUGUCGGAAAAAAGAGUGAACAAAACUGCUAGAUAGAUAAUUUUAUGUACUGAAUGAUUCCCAUCCGUCAUGUAAGUCGGUCUUGUGACAAGAUCAGCAACCAUAGUCAAAAAAUCCGUAUGUCAAGAGGUCAUGUAAUGUAACAUUUGCUAAAUUUGGCCAUGCAUUAGUCAUCAAGAAUUUUUUUUAAACAUAAAACAUUCCUUAAAUGUGUGUCCCAUAACUACUACAAAAUUAAUAAAGGCUAGUUUCAUCGUUUGAAAUUGCUUCAGCCCAAACCUCUUACCAGUAUGCUUACAAAGGAGUUAAGUCUAUUGUUAGUUCUUUUUGUGUAAUGGGACUAUACUUGUGAUAUGUUAAGUCAUCACAUGGAACCUUGCUUGAUUUAUUUUAGACAUAAAGCAAAUGCACAAAUUCAGCUUGUGCUUUGAAAAUAUAUAGUAUAACUUAAGUUUUAUUUAACAUUUUAGUAGGUAAUGGGCAAAGAAUGGCUUAAGCAUACUUAAGAGAAUUUUUUUAAGAUGUUUUAUUUGUGAUUGACAUUGCAUUGUAUUUUUCCAUUGUUAGUGAAAUGUUUAAUUCUAUUUUUUUUUCCAGACUGGCAACAGAAAUAAAAGAUAACCUAAACGAAAGUUGAUUAUCAUUAUCUGGAAUCUUAUGUGGUCCACUACAUCUGUGUUACUUUAUUUUUUUUUUAACCCAAAUUAUUAUUCAUCUCAGAACAUCGGGCAUUUCCUGUGACAUAUGUCCUAUUAAAAGCAUUAAUAAUUUCCCCACAAAAAUUCAAAAUAAGUAAAUAAAACUUAUACCACAAUUCUAGAAAAGUUUCUAGUAUUACUGAGAGAGCAGGGUUAAAACACUUGUUGGACAUUAAGUGGCUUAUUAUUUUGUUUGAUAUAGGUUCUGUUGUGGGUUUUAUGAUGUAUAGCCACUAAGUUGUUUAGGUUUUUAUUAUAAGGAAUAUUUUAUUUGUUGAGAUAGUAGUAGAUAGUUUGGGUGCUUGUCUGAAUUUUCUCAGGUAUACUCCUGGUUGCUCAGAAGUCCCUUAUCUACCUUAAAGAAGUGGCUGGUGAUUGUCCAAAUUAUAAAAUGUACAUCUUUAUUCAGCUACUUACAAAGAUAUAAUUCUGCAGUUUCUGCUGUGCUGUUUUUAGAAAUAAACUAUGAUAAACUAAUUUGUACUGUGAACGAGACACUCCUUUUUGUCACACAGAGUGCUGCUGUUUUAUACAAAUAAACGUAUUUUCUCAACAAA